UUAAACAUUUUCCUUAUUAUGGAUUAUUGUUCCAGAGCUCUAAAAAACUGCAAGUUUUGCUUCUACUUUUCUGAAAACAAAUCUUUUUUUAUUAGUCAUCACUCAAGUCAACUUAUAUUGUUAGUUAAUGUCAGUGUACUUUAUAGUUUAGUAAAUAGCCUUAGCAGAUUUUACAAGGUAGUCUGGUCAAUCUUCAUAAGGAACUUUUAUCUUUUAGUGGGCAACAUGGUGAAAGAGAGUCUCCCAGCCUGGGUCCAAAACCCAGAGGACAUCCUGGUGCACAUCAAUGUUGGUGGCCUGAAGCGCAGUCUGCGCUCAAGCACUUUGCGCAACUUUCCAGACACUCGUUUGGGUCGCCUGCUUGCUUGUGACUCAGAAGAGGCCAUAUUGCAAGUUUGUGAUGAUUACGAUGAUCAACAACAAGAAUUCUACUUCGACCGUAACCCAGGACUCUUUCCUUAUGUGCUGCACUUCUACCAGACCGGCAAACUCCACAUCAUGGAGGAACUAUGCAUUUUCUCUUUCUGCCAGGAGAUUGAAUACUGGGGAAUCAAUGAGUUCUUCCUAGACAGCUGUUGUACCUAUCGUUACCACGACCGCAAAUUGGAGAGCCGUCACAAGAGCUGGGACGAGGAGAGUGAUGUUAGCAGUGUGGACACAUCCAUGGAUGAGAUCACAGACCUGAACAAAGACAUCCAACAUUUCCAGGACAUGCACUGCGGAAAUGCCAGGAAGUGCCUAUGGCUGACUCUAGAGAACCCAGGCUACUCCAUUCCUAGCAAACUCUUUAGCUUCCUCUCCAUAGGUGUGGUGCUGACUUCCAUAGCCAUUAUGUGCAUUAACAGUCUUCCGGAGUACCAGCACUUUGACGAAGAUGGCAAACAAGUGGAGGACCAGACCCUGCAGGCGCUGGAGUUCUUCUGCAUCUGCUGGUUCACUUUUGAGGUGGUGACACGGAUGCUUUUGGCACCCAACAGGAGGAAGUUCUUUCACCACCCGCUCAAUAUAAUCGACAUUGUGUCUGUAUUACCCAUCUAUAUCACGCUGCCUGUGGACCUUGCACUGGGCAGCGAAUCAGAGCUGGGGAACCUGGGGAAGCUGGUGCAGGUGUUACGCCUCAUGAGGAUAUUCAGGGUGCUGAAGCUGGCCAGACAUUCAACAGGCCUCAGGUCUCUGGGAGCAACACUACGGCACAGUUACAGGGAGGUGGGGAUUCUGCUGCUGUACCUUGGAGUUGGCGUAUGCGUCUUCUCUGGCUUUGCCUACACGGCUGAGUAUGAGGAGGAUGUGGGGCUGGACACCAUCCCUGCUUGCUGGUGGUGGGGCACCGUCAGCAUUACCACUGUGGGUUAUGGUGAUGUGGUCCCUGUAACAGUAGCUGGUAAGCUGGUGGCUAGCGGAUGCAUCCUAGGCGGGACUCUGGUAGUGGCUCUUCCUAUCACUAUCAUCUUCAACAAGUUCUCCCACUUCUACCGCAAACAAAAAGCGCUGGAAGCCUCGGUGAGGAACAGCAACAAGAAGGUCAAAAUGCACAAUUACAAUGUGCAGGCAAAGGAGGACGGUGGUUCAGACGGAAAUAGCCAGUGUCUCGAGGUGCUGGAUGAGGAUCACAAGGGUGGAGUUGUGAACUAUAGCUAUGUUGAUCAUCCAGCAUUGCCUCUGGAUAGGGGCAGCACAAUGAUGAUGAGUAAAGAGAUCUUCCAUCUUUGAGCCCUUCAUAAUAAACAGGACAUUAUGAUAGAAAAAGUAAAAAACUGAAAGAACAUAUACAGACCUGACAGUACUGACCUGAGAUUGUUAAGCACUGUGCUGUCUUGUUCUGGAACUCUUCCGGAAUCCCAAAGUAUAACACAGUAAAUGGUAGCUACUGCCGUUGGAAUGAAGUGAACCAUAAGGUCCACUAGGCCACUAUAUAGAUUGAUGUGCUGGCCUUGAAAGGAGAAUUGUGUUGAAAUGUUUAACGACCCAUUCUGGACACCUGCAAGAAGUUGUCCCCCCACCCGACACAAAACUACGGUAAAAUAGUCUCAAUUGUUUGUGCUCCAUUUGUGCUGCUAACAUUUUCAUUUGCGCUGUUGUCAUUUUUUAGAUACAAAAAAACAAGACUAUUUGAAUUUGGAGCAUGUUGGGGAACUGAGUGACCUCAAUAUGACCAAUAAAAUAUUUAAUAUCUAAUAAAUUACAGCAGCACAAAUUAAGAUUUUUACAGCACAAACGAAGCACACACGAUUGAGCAUGUUGGGGGGCUGGUGAUGUCAUCACCUAUAAUUAAAUGCCUUACAUAUAAAACACCACAAAAGCACAAGCGAGACUUUUAACAGCACAAACAGAGCACAAACAAACGAGACUAUUUUGCAUGAAUUUGGAGCAUGUCAGGGGGCUGAGUGACCUCAGAAUGACCUAUAAAAUAUUCUUUAAUAUCUAAAAAAUUAUAGCAGCACAAAUGAAAAUGUUAAUGGCACAAAUCAGCACAAACAAUUAAGCCUGUUUUGCAUUGGGUGGGGGGACAACUUCACGCAGCUAUUCUGAACAGUACCAAGAUAUACCAAUGCAUACCUUGUUAGAAUGUGUACAUCCUCUUUGUAUUUGUGAGGAUCUCCUAUUCAGGUACAAUUAAGCCAAGGUUUUGCAUUGGGUGGGGGGACAACUUCACGCAGCUAUUCUGAACAGUACCAAGAUAUACCAAUGCAUACCUUGUUAGAAUGUGUACAUCCUCUUUGUAUUUGUGAGGAUCUCCUAUUCAGGUACACCCAAGCAUGUUGAAGCCCACAGCCAUUUGUAAAGUUAGCUGUACUUGUAUGAUUGAAAAUUGUAGGUACAGCCAGGUCCAAAAUGAUUGCCUGAUAUAAUGCAAAAAAAACUGUAAAUAAAAUGUAACUAAUAGUCGGUAGUUAAUCUGUAGAUCAUCUACAAAAACACUUUUAGGACUCUCUAAAUAACGUAUCACCAA